CCGGUACGAAUAUCGCGCUUUCAGUCGGCCCGCAGCCUCUCUCUUGGCUGUUAUUCUCUUGCCGCGUGAGAUAAGCACUUCCUGUGAGGAGGAAGAAGCUCCUCACUAGUGUGUUUCCCGUUGAUAUGUUUGCAACGAUCAAUUAAGAUUUCGAGAACACACGUCGGCCGUUGAUUAGUGUGAAUCACAAGACGAUGGAUAAGUUAAUCGUAUCCUGUGUACUUUUCUACCUGUACUGCGCGUUUCUUCAGCCCUGCGAAGGCGGCGCGAAUGCUAAUCGAGGAUACGUCUUUACUGCACCAAGAAGAUUCUUAGCCGGCGAAACCGAGAGUAGCUGUCUGUCGCUACAUAAUCUCGAACCACCGGCACAUGUUCUCUUGGAGCUGCUGUCUCCGGCGUCAGAUACAGGCGCAGAGGACGAGAUAUUGACCAAAACAAGUAGCAUCGUCAAAACAGGAAUAGAAACAUGUUUGGAGCUGGCAGUACCCUUUACGAAAUACUUCAGCGGACGAUUACGAUUGAAAAUAAAGUUCGACAAAUAUCCCGAUUAUGUCGUGGAAACGGAAAAGGAAGUCUACAUCGAGCACGAUUCUUUAAUCACAUUCGUGGAGACGGAUAAGCCGGUCUACAAACCAGGGCAAGAUGUGAAUAUUAGAAUCCUCACGCUCAAGCACGAUUUAAAGCCAUGGAAGAAAAUGAUACCAAAAGUAUGGAUUGAGAAUCCAUCCGAGGUACGAGUAGCGCAGUGGACCAACGUCAGUACUGAAAAUGGAAUGGCGCAAUUAAAGUUCCCUUUAUCGCCGGAACCAAGUCCGGGAACCUGGAAAAUUAAAGUGGAAAAAAGAAGAUCGCAGCCGCAACUGAUUCAUACAACCAUAUUCGAAGUGAAAAAAUAUGUUCUUCCCAGAUUCCAAGUGACUAUAACUUCACCGGGAUAUAUUCUCGCCGAUGCGGAGAACGUGACAUGGAACAUAUGUGCAAAGUAUAGUUACGGCAAGCCGGUGAAGGGUAGAUUACUUUUAAAAUCGACACCGCAAAUACCGGCAUGGAGACGGAAGCCUAAUCUUCCAGAAGUACAUUACGAAACAGAGCUGGAUUCGCCAGAUGGUUGCACCGAGUUUGUACUGUCGAGCGCGGUGCUCGGACUGGCCCAAUGGAAAGUGGCACCGAAUAAUAUCGUUCUCAUAGCUAACUUUACCGAAACUGGUACGGGCAUAGUAGAGACAACGAUCAGUCAUACCGUGGUCGUGCAGCAGGCUCUGAAACUGGAAUUUCUGCCGUAUACACCGAAAUAUUUUAAAUUAGGCUUACCAUAUCACGGAAAGCUACAUGUCUCGCGGCACGAUGAUACUCCAGCACCGCAUGAGAAGAUUCAGCUUUGCAUGCGAGUGCGCGGUAAGGAUGAGUGGCUUCGCGUCGUAGUGGAAUGCCGCAACUUCACAUCCUCGUCCGAUGGCUUCGUCGACUUCGUCGUGCCGCCCCCGCACAAGAAUAUCGUCUUGCUGAGUUUCAUCGCGUCCGGUGUCGACUAUCCCACAAAAUACUAUUCGCCAGACACGCGUUGGCGAAUUUUUAUGGAUCAACCGUCGGCGCAUAUCGACAUAAAUCCCUGGUACUCGCCAUCGGACAACUACUUGGCGGUGGCUCGUGGUUACCAACCGAUCGUCUGCGGGGAAAAAUAUUCGUUCAACGUUAUGUACACGGUACCAGUUAAGAGCAAAACCAACGAGUCCAUUUCCUUUCAUUAUUCAAUCAAUUCCAAGGGAGACUUGUUGAUUUACGGCCACGUGAAGCACCGGCCGACCAGAGACACGGUUUUAAAUUACUCAGAAUUCCGAAACUUGUUGGGCGCCGUCGAAACAGGAAAUAAGACUGAUCAGGGCACCAUCGUUCACAGAUUUCCUCUCAGCGUCAAGAUCACCCCGUCUAUGGCACCUGUUUCUGAAUUGUUACUCUACUAUGUUCGUCCGGAUGGCGAGAUCAUCGCUACUACAUACUCAAUCAAGGUGGGACACUGUUUCGAAAAUAAAGUAAAGACCGCCUGGCACACCGACGCUCAAACUCCAGGAACAGCUACCCAGUAUCAUGUGGAAGCCGCCCCUUGGUCUCUCUGCGGCAUUUCUGCAGUAGAUAAAUCGACUCGUUUCUUAGGAUCCAAAGCGAAUUUAAUCAACGCCGAUCAGGCCUUCAAGCAAAUGAAGCGAUUCCAUAUAGAGCCAGAGCCGCGACCUACUUGGACGUGGACUCAUUGUAAAGCGGCGACACAGCCAGAAACGAAUACAGAAGAAAUCGAUCACUUACCAAUUCCCGCUUUCGACGAAUCGUUCUUCUGGGAUAGCAGUGAUGACGGACAGGGAUGGCGAUCGGACAUAAUAUCACGGAAAAGGAGAAGCACAAUUUUUCGUGGCGAUUUUGUGAAUUACGUUGACGCCAUACAAGCGUUCGAUGACUUUGGAGCUAUUGUGAUGAGCGAUUUAAUACUGGAGACGCGACCUUGCCCUCGACUUACUGCCAAUCGCAUGGCUGUAAGGAGCAGAAGCAGGCAGUUUUCACAUUUCUCAAACGUCAAGGAGAUAGACGCAGCGGAUGGACGGUUUCAAUUUGCCAUGGCGAAAACGGCAUUGCCUAUGGCGUAUCCAUUAUUAAAUGUGGGCCCUGAGCAGGCAUACGUGGACCAAGUGCCCGAUCAACCUGCACCUCUCAGAUCUUUCUUCCCCGAAACGUGGCUGUGGGAAUUAGUGCCAACUGGAAAAGAAGGCAAAGUAACUAUAGAACGUACGUUGCCUCAUUCGAUCACUGAUUGGGUCGGAUAUACCGCGUGUAUCUCACCUACGCACGGUCUCGGGAUAGCAGCACCAACUAGCAUCACGGGAUUCCAACCGUUCUUCCUGGAUUAUAGUUUACCGUACAGUGUGAAACGCGGAGAGAUGUUACGCAUGAAAGUUUCCUUAUUUAAUUACAUGCAGCACAGUCUACCGGUGAAGAUCAAGCUGGAGGAUGCAACAGGACUCGACUUGCAUCUGUCGCAUGCAGUCGCUUCGUUCUGUGUGAAACCGCGGGACAGCGUAGUGCACGAAUACAUUCUCAGGCCGCGAGUUCUCGGCGAUAUUAACAUCACGGUUUCUGCCUCGAUCGACUCGGAUUACGCCGAACCGUGUGGUCCGGAAGUACUUCUGUAUACGCGAGACGUCAUUGUAAAACCCAUACUCGUGCUGCCGGAAGGCUUCCCCGUAGAAACGACGAAGUCGGCGUUCAUCUGUCCGAAGGACUUUAGCGACGAUUCCACCAUCACCUGGAAUCUCGAUUUACCCGACGAUUUGGUGCCCGAAAGUGCGAGAGCGCAUGUGUCCAUGAUAGGAGAUAUCUUGGGUCCGGCCCUCGAAAAUCUAGAUAAUCUCGUGCGCUUGCCGAUGGGUUGCGGUGAGCAAAAUAUGGUUCUCUUUGUCCCCAACAUCCAUGUGAUCGGUUAUUUGGACGCCACCGGGAUCGAGAAUCCGGAGCUGCGAGCAAAGGCAGUGAAAAAUAUGAAAAAAGGAUACCAGCGCGAAUUAAUAUACAGACAUCCGGAUGGUUCGUACUCCGCAUUCGGUGGAAACUCAGAGGAAGGUAGUUCGAUUUGGCUCACUGCGUUCGUGAUAAAGUCCUUCGCUCAAGCGAGGAACAUAAUUUACAUCGAUGAGCGUGAUCUUAAAAUUUCUGUAAAGUGGAUGAUGAAGAAGCAACUGGAGAACGGAUGCUUCCCCGUCAUAGGCAGGGUAUUCCACAAGGAUAUGAAGGGCGGUUUGCAAGAUGACGACAGUUCUUCCUCAGCGUUAACGGCGUAUAUACUGAUCUCCCUCUUAGAAUCAGACGUACCGUUAGCACCGUCGCUCAUUAAUAACGCUCUACAUUGUCUGGAGAAAGGAAUGAAAGACGACGGCGGUACAACGUAUACUGCAGCUAUAUCUACUUACGCUUUAGCGUUGUUGGAUCAUCCGAAAGCGAACAACAGCAUGAAAUCACUUAUGAAUCGUGCAACACGGAAUCAUGAUCUCCUUUGGUGGGAAGACAAAUACAAACCCUCGUUAGGGCUGAGCAUCGAAAUGACGGCGUACGCUGUGCUAUCGCUGGUGAAAUUAGGCGGCGAGACGAACAUGGUCGAGGCGCUGAAAGCGGUCCGUUGGAUGUCGAAGCAACGAAACGUGAAGGGUGGCUUCACGUCCACGCAGGACACCGUGCUCGGCCUGGAGGCUCUCACGAAGUACGCCGCCGUGAUGUUCAGCAACACCACGGAUCUCUCGGUGCUCGUAACUGCCGGCGAGGUGGAUCAGGUGUACAGAAUGCACAAUGACAAUCGCAUGGUUCUCAAACAACUCCCUUUGCCCGUGAUACCCACGAUAGUCGAGAUCUUCGCCGAGGGUGAAGGCUGUGUCUUAGUGCAGAGCAAUAUAAAAUACAAUGUUGCACACGCGACCGGCUCCGAAGCGUUUGACCUUUCGGUCAACGCCGCUCCGACGUUGGCGGACGAAUGCUCGACGCAAAAAAUUACAAUCUGCACGAGAUAUAAAAUGGCAGAUGGUGAAAGUAACAUGGCAUUAUUAGAAAUUGGCAUGAUAAGUGGAUAUGUCCCGGAUCGUGCGAGUCUUCACUCGCUGCUGGAAGAUCCGGCCACAAAAGUGAAACGCUUCGAGGAGGACCGCGGUAUUGUCACCAUAUACUUCGACAAAUUGAUCAACCAAAAGACCUGUAUAUCGUUUACAGUAACCAGAGAAAAUAUUGUUGACAGACUCGAGCCAGCGAAUGUAAAAUUAUACGAUUACUACCAACAGGAGUUGACGAUAUCUAGCAGCUACAGUUUUGCGCCGACUUGCAGCAGCGCUACCCCGGACGAAGAAAUGGAGAUUCCUAAUCCCGUGCCGGUAGAGGAAUUGGACAAGGAUAUCCCGAAGAGUGCGGAAAAGGAUGAAACGGUGGAAAAAGCGAACGAGAGCGGUCAAAACGGCACUGUAGAGCAGAUAGGUAACACAGUCCAGAAUGUGUCUCAGCUAGAACCACAAAUCAACCUGAUCAAGAAACUCCGUGACAAAGUAACAAAGUCGGUAACCGGCAUACGAUCGAGAAACGAGGACGUUCCUCUGGUAGAAAAUUCCAAUCUCAAAAUAAAUACAGACGAUAUCGAUACCGUUGCGAACGUUCGCACAGCCAACGCUAACGGCAUCGCGCCCAGUAAUAUGGAUAUACCGCAAACGGAAGCUGGAAGCGGGCAAACGCCAAAUGAGCCGGACAUCAAUCUGAAUCCCGUGUUCGAUAGACUCGGACCACCCAGCGUAGAUCUCGAUGAUAUGGAAGCGUCUUUUAACAAACCAGGUCAAGACCUUUCUUUGAAUUAUGACGGAAAUCCUCUCUUCGUCGUGGUUGAUCACGAAUUGGCGACUCCCGACGGUAUCGAAGGACCUGUGCCGGUUUCCGUGAAACCUGAUUUUAGCGAUCCAUUGCUGGAUGAGACUAACCAAACCGAUCAGAAGAUGGGAACAGACUUGAACAAUGCGCAAUCUGAAACGUUGACGCCUCCUGAUUCAAUCGAGUCGUGUCCCGUAUGCGCCGACGAAUUACCAUUGGACAUUAACGAUGUUUAUUGUUCUGCCAGUAGUGUCAUAAAAGCGGCAAUCAGACGGUUACGAAAGGCAAGACUUCUGUUAGAUAUACGGCCAUCGCACGAAGUUAAACGUCUCCGUUCGACGAUCGCCUUUGUCUUAAGCCCCAAUUGCUCUUGCCCGCCUUUAGAUAACCCUGGAAGUCUAGCAUUGCUGAUGCACUCCGGCGACAGCGAGUUCGCUAAACGCUCGCACAGUCGACACAUCUUAGACGAGCAAGUUUCUAUAUACGGAUUACCGCCGGUUGGCGGUGUUCCGCAAGAGAUAACGGACGCACGAGCAAUGUGCGCGAACCGUGAUGAUAACGCAUCUCUUAAUGUUCCUACGCCUCCUUAAUCAAGCCAGCAGGCUGCUCCUCGGCGUUUCGACAAUCCACUGAAUACGCAAAAAGAACGAAAUAUAUCGUGUGAUACUAAUGACGAUUACUCAUACAGGCGUAUGGAAAUUUAUACGCGUGCAAACUUGAAUUAGAAUCAUACAGUAUAACUGAGUUGGCCAAGAAAUUUUUUUAUUAUAACUUGAUGUAUCGUUUUUCUCGAGACACCUUGUAUAUAAUUUGACGGUAGAUUUCACACAGGGUAUUUUCCAGGUCGAUAUCCAAUAUACUCUGAAUUUUCAUUGCAAUUCUCCCCCCCGCCUCGAAGCUCCGUAUACAAAUCUCUACAUCGCACACCCCGCGUUAUUGAAAUGUGGGAUGUGCGGUGAGUAAAUGGAGUGUGUCUCACAAAGUUAUCUAAUAGUCAUUUUUAUAUUGAAAGUUAUAUCCAAGAUAAUCCACUUAAGUUAUAAUGCGUUAUCGUAAUUCGUGAAUAGCGAAUAAUGAACGCGUUAACUGAACUGUAAAUAAAGCACAAUGAUUUAUGACAUAAUAAUUACCUAAUUUAAUACAUCCAUAAAAUAUUAUCAUAUGUUUCUAUCGUUAAUUUCGCAUUAUCUUAAAAUGGGUACGUAGCUACGCUAGUUUUCGAGCAACCAAGUUUUACAUAUAAUUUCUUUCCACAUUUUAAAUGUAGUCGUUUAAAAGAAUUCUUUCUAAAUGGAGUAUUCGACGAAGUUCAGCUAGAAUCAUUUCGCGAAAAUGAUGGGAAGAAAGGAAGAACGAGAUAUGAAUACACCUUGAAUCUCAGACAAAUGUGUUAUAUCUUUAUUUGUUGUCCACGUUUGAUCGCAUUGUAAUAGUUAUUACAAAUUAACAAUCACCUCAAUCGAGUUCUCGCUACAUUAAAUAGUAUUUCAUUACAGUGUAUGUACGAUUAUUUAUUUAAUACGAUUUUAAUCCGUGAUUAUAUUGUCCAUUUGACAUUUAACGCUGAUAAGAUCGGAUUUGCCACUAGUGAAGAUAUUUUUAAUUGAAUCUAUUUCUCUGUCCGUUAUCAUAUAUUAUCCUUAAUUCUCGCUUUCGAAAGUACAAUUAAAUAUCAAAUGGAUAAAUUCUCUGGAAGUAAUAUUAUUUAUUCACGCUGUAUACACAGUUAAAAAUGCUUGAAAUAAAUAAACAUAUAUAUACUAUUGCUCACUAUACACUAUUCAUCGCGCCGAUUUGCUACAAUACCAUUAAAAACUUAAUUACGUGAGGAAUGAAAGGAUGAAUGUAAUUGGCAGUAAUAAUCGAUAUUCGUCGUCAUCUCGCGCUAGAUGAUUAGACGUAUGCUUCCGACUGCGUGCCCAAAUAAGAGUUAGGCAGUGUACAUUGGCGGUGAAGAUGCGUUGGCAACAAUACAACGACGAGUAAAACGUAAAGAAUGCGUAUAAAGAUAUAUGUAUAUAUUUAAAAAAAAAAAAAAAAA